ACGAUCAGAAUUUUCUAUGCAUCAACAACUAUAUUUUUUAUAUAUAAAUUAUGUAUAUAUAUAAAAUAUACAAUGGAAAAAAAAAAAAAAUACAGAGAAAAAGAGUGUCAUUGGUCACUACCGACGCGGAUUGGAUCCUUCCUCCAUUAUGAUUUCGUCCACACUAACUAGCCAAUCUCAGAUCUAACCCACUUCCAUCAUAGCUUUUUUAUGAGCUUUCUCUGUCACUUUGCUCCUUCUUACUCUUCUUCGAAAACCCAAAAAAAUCUCUCACUGAAAAAGCACAACCAUCCUUCUUGAUUUCUUUGAUAUAUUAGAUUAUUGCUAUUAUUAUUGGUUGGAGCUCAGGAAAGGUUGUUUCUUUUUGCUCGCUCCAAUGGCGGUCGCCGUCCGUGGAAGCCGAGGCGGGGGAGGUUCAGUUUUCGGUGGCCUUGGUCUCCGGAGCUUCUUUUCGUACCGGAUCUUCGUCUCCGCUAUGUUCUCCCUUCUCUUCUUUGCCACGCUCUCUGUUCUCCUUACUACUAACCCAACCACUCCGCACCAUGACUCUACACUUCCGACCACCGGGAAUGCAUACGUGCAUAGAACUUUUCUGGCUUUGAAAUCUGACCCUCUAAAAACCCGAUUAGAUUUGAUAUAUAAGCAAGCAAAUGAUCAUAUAACCUUGGUGAAUGCUUAUGCCGCUUAUGCGAGGAAGCUUAAGCUUGAGAUCUCUAGACAGUUAAAGAUGUUCGAUGAUUUAGCUAGGAAUUUCUCGGAUCUUCAGAUGAAACCGAGUUACAGGGCGUCUUUGUUUGAAUCAGAUGAUCCUGUUGAUGAGGAUGUUUUAAGGCAGUUUGAGAAGGAAGUGAAAGAUAAGGUGAAAAUUGCAAGGUUGAUGAUUGUGGAAUCAAAGGAGAAUUAUGAUAAUCAGCUGAAGAUUCAGAAGUUGAAGGACACCAUUUUUGCAGUUAAUGAGUUGCUUGUAAAGGCAAAGAAGAAUGGUGCAUUGGCAAGCUUGAUUUCUGCAAGAUCGAUUCCAAAAAGUUUGCAUUGUCUGGCUAUGAGGCUUGUGGAAGAAAGAAUUUCGCAUCCGGAGAAGUAUAGGGAGGAGGAGCCAAAGUCUGAGUUUGAAGAUCCAAGUUUGUAUCACUAUGCUAUUUUUUCAGACAACGUAAUUGCUGUAUCUGUGGUGGUGAGAUCUGUGGUGAAGAAUGCUGUAGAACCGUGGAAACAUGUCUUCCAUGUUGUUACGGAUAGGAUGAAUAUUGCAGCAAUGAAGGUUUGGUUCAGGAUGAGACCAGUGGAAGGGGGUGCCCAUAUCGAGUUGAAGGCAGUGGAGGAUUAUCCUUUCUUGAAUUCAUCUUAUGUUCCAGUAUUAAGGCAACUUGAGUUAGCAAAUCUGCAGAAGUUUUACUUUGAGAAUCAGGCAGAGAAUGCAACCAAGGAUCCACACAGCAUGAAAUUUAAGAACCCCAAGUACUUGUCGAUGUUGAAUCACCUUCGAUUCUAUUUGCCAGAGAUGUAUCCCAAAUUGCACAAGAUUCUGUUCUUGGAUGAUGAUGUUGUUGUUCAGAAAGACUUGACAGGGUUGUGGACGAUUGAUCUGGAUGGGAAGGUAAAUGGGGCUGUUGAAACCUGUUUCGGUUCCUUCCAUCGAUAUGUCCAGUACUUGAAUUUCUCGCAUCCGUUAAUCAGGGAGAGGUUCAACCCCAAGUCUUGUGCUUGGGCUUUUGGGAUGAAUAUAUUUGAUCUUGAUGCUUGGAGGCGUGAGAAAUGUACAGAGCAAUACCAUUACUGGCAGAACUUGAAUAACGACCAGAUGUUGUGGAAACUGGGAACUCUUCCGGCUGGCCUGAUCACCUUCUACUCGACAACAAAGUCAUUGGACAAAUCUUGGCAUGUACUUGGGCUCGGGUACAAUCCCGGUAUUAGCAUGGAUGAAAUUAACAAUGCUGCUGUCAUUCAUUACAAUGGAAAUAUGAAACCGUGGCUUGAUAUCGCCAUGAACCAGUACAAGAAUCUCUGGACUAAAUAUGUCGACAAUGAUAUGGAAUUCGUGCAGAUGUGCAAUUUUGGCUUAUAGACAACUACAUUUUACUGUUUCUCAUUGAUCAGGUAGUGCAGAAAACAAGUUCCCGGCAAGCAUUCAUCAUGUUUUAUGCAUUCUCACACGUUUUAGACCCUUAAAAAUCCUUUGAGCGAAGCUCAUUGAUAUAUAUUUUUUUGGUGGAAAUGGUGUCUGAUAAUUCUUCUUUCAAUGUUCUCUCCGUUGAUCUCAAUUAUGGAUUGUAAACAACUGACAUUGAGUAAUGUACACAUGACAAUGAAUUAUUUGGUUUUAA